CAUGUUAAAGACAGCUAGUGCACCUCUGAAGCCUCACUUUGUUUGACACAUCCCUUUGAGUGGAUCAUGUCCACAGUGGAGGCCCUGAAGGACACAAAGCUGGGCUCGCUUUUAAAGGGCCUUCGUACGGACAUCGCCAUGGCCGUGGAUGACACCUUCCCUCUGGUUCACGGCCUGGCUGAUAAAAACAUCAUCAGUGAGCAACUGCUGAAGGACACACUGGAGAAGGAGGGGAGAGAAGGAAUCCACAAGGCCGUGUACUCGCUUCUCUCCUGGGUGCUUGAGCAAAAUCCUUCCACCAUGCAGGCCUUCUGGAGGAACUUGAACAAGGCCUACAACCUGGAAAGCUACCCUAAACUGCGAUCGCUGCUCGCCAAUCCUAGCAACAGGAGUCACAACAAAAAGAGGAACCACAAGGACAGAAAUGAUCAACACUCUCAACUCUCACUGUAUCGCACUCAUGCAAAUGAUGAACAAGGCAUGAUGGUCCCCCCAGGGGAUAAAGUCAAGCUGUACCGAGUGAAGAGUGAAGCGCCUCCGCCUCCACAGCAGGCGACACCUGGGUCAGUCCAAAAAGGAGCCCACUCUUCUUUAUCUGCUCCCGUCCCCAACAGUGAGCUGUCAAAGCAUGCAUCCUCCAGGGAGAAGAUCCAAAUCAAGCAUCAAAUGUUUGGCUUGGAUGGGUCUGCAGGAAAGUGCAUUAAAGUUGGAGGAGAGCUCUACAAAUGUAAAGAGUUGAAGUCCAAAGCUGCCAUGACAACAUUACACCACCAGAGAGAGACAAACACUCACCCCAAUGAUGAUGAGUGUACUGUGUGCAAAGAUGGUGGCGAGCUGAUAUGUUGUGAUGGGUGCCCUCGAGCUUUUCACCUCACCUGCCUGGACCCUCCGCUCUUAGCCAUACCCAGUGGCUCUUGGCAGUGUGAAGGCUGCAGUGGCAGAGGAGGGAAAAAACAGAAAACACAGAUAGCACUGCAGCCUCAGCAGAGCAGCACUAACAACUCCACCAUAGACAUCUCAUUCUUCCCCCUGUUGUCCUCCUCCACCUCCCUAAAAGAGUGUCCAGGUGGAGACUUGAUGGGCAUGAGAGAUGCGUGCGGUAUUUGUCACCUGGCAGGAGGAGAGCUGACCUGCUGCCUUCAGUGUUCCAAGUGCUACCACCCUCGCUGCCACUUUUCCAUUGGGAGAUCUGUCUGUUUGUCCUGCUCUAGGACGUGGGUGAGUGCUGCAGAAAAGGCGGCGCAGCCUUCAUCUUUACAGGUUCGGAACACACGUGGUCAUGGCCAGAGCUUAUCCGGGCAUCAAGAAGAACUGGAUUCCGUCCUGGGAGACGCCUCCUUGGAUGGCAUCCUGCAGUGGGCGUUCCACAACAUCUCUCAACCUCAUACAGACACCCCAGGAUGCUAUCAGUAACAAAUAAAGCAGCAAAAGUAUUUUCUCUUCAAAACAGCAAAAUAUGAUGUCAAUUAAGGAGCGAUCAGUACUUUCCUCACAUUGUAACAGGAUCACGGUGAUUUACUCCAUAAAUCAGUGGUCCCCAACCACCUGUCCAGGGGCCGGAACCGGUUCGUCUCACAUUUGCUGCCGGGCUACACAGAAACAUUAAAUAAUUAAUAGACAGCAUUUUCUCUGACCUAACUUUCGCCUAUCAAUAAGCUUGUUCAUAGAUGUACAGUAGGUCUGCAACCAACGACUCUUUUGAUAGUCGACUAGUCAUUGACUAUCUUAACCAUUAGUCGACUAAUUGGAUUCAAUUAAAUCUUAUUCACAUUACCGUAUUUUUCGGACCAUAGGGCGCACCGGAUUAAAAGGCGCACUGCCAAUGAGCGGGUCUAUUCAGGUCUUUUUUCAUACAAAAGGCGCACUA